UGGGCACGAGCUGGGGUAGACGCCAGCCAUUGCUACCAAAACGCGCAAGUGAAUGGUAGCCUGGUGAGCACCGCUUUCACGGCGCGGGACCUUAUCAAUAUAGCGGAAGCUUUGGAUGAUGAUGGCAUGUUACGUUAUUGGGGAUUUUCGUAUGGUACUACGCUGGGUGCUACUGUAGCCGCUAUGUUUCCAGACAAAAUUGACAAGAUGAUUCUGGAUGGCGUUCAAAACCCCUGGGAGUAUCAUGGUGCACUAGCCGACUACCAAGAGUGGACCGCAUCAGAUGAUACUUUCUCCCAAAUCUUUCAGACCUGUGUUAGGGCCGGCGAGAACUGCUCUCUCAACGCGCUUAACAUGACGGCCGACCAGAUGGAACAGGCCACUUGGAACCUCCUCGAAUAUUUCAAGGCCAACCCGCUGCCGUAUGGCGACAUCGUGUACGAUUACUGGACAGCCAAAGCCCAGAUCUGGACAGCUCUCUUCGUACCACAAGACUGGGCCAGCUUGGCCGAUCUCCUUACGAUCUUCUUCACCGCUAACACCACAGAGCUCACCGCCCUGAGCGCUUCUGUGGCGAAUAUUACCUCCGAUACCGAGGCUACAAUUGCGCCCGCCCUCUCUGAACGCCUAGCGCUCGUCGCCAUCCACUGCUCCGACCGGCGACCACGCGCCGCUACUCUAGCCGAGUUCCAACCAGUGAUUGAUGAGUUAUACGGUAUCAGCGCCAUUUUUGGCGAUGGCAGCGAUCAAAUUAAUAUGCCCUGCGCGCAGUGGCUGAUCGAACCCAAGGAGCGGUACAACGGCGGGUUUGACGUGGAUACGGCGAACCCGGUGCUCAUCCUGGGCAACACUUGGGACCCCGCGACGCCGCUCGCCUCCGCGCGCAACGUGAGCUCUGGUUUCAAUGGGAGUGUUGUGCUAGAAAUACAUGGCUACGGUCAUACCUCUCUCGCUGCGCCGUCAAGGUGCACGGUCGAGCACACUGUGGCAUACUGGUCGAAUCUGACGAUGCCCGAGAACGGGACUGUUUGCGAAUUGGAUGCUAAGCCGUAUACCAACGCAACUUGGACAGAUAUCUUUAUGGAUUUAGGUUGGAACUAUACUGUUGGUUUUGCGGAUUCAUUUACUAUGGAGGCGAUGCAUUAG